AUGGCCACCAGACAGGCGCUCACGUCUAUGCUCCAGUCGCUACAGGACAAGUUCAAGUCGACUGACCUGGAUCUCCGUGUUAUUGGCCUCACCGACCUUAGCAAGGAAUUGGAGCGCAUCAUCGCCCUCAACAAUGCCUCGUCGAGGCAGAGCGGGAAGGGCCCCGAGCCUUAUGCGGCCGAAGCGGCGGAGAAGGCUCUCACCGAGAACGUCCUCACUCUCUUGUACGACGAGAUCUCAGAGGUGAAGAACGCGGCGGUACGCUCCCUCGCUACCAUGGCUUCGCGCGCUCGUUCCACCUUCCUCCGCCAGAUCAUCAUCACGUUGACGGAUGGCAUCGACCAGACGGGGGCACGAGAAAUUAACGAGGAGAACCGCGACAUCUCAUGCUUGGCGCUCAAGUCGGUGGUGGCGAGCAUGUCGCCUGAUGGCGAUGCGGUGGACCGGUGCUUGAAUAUGAUUCUCACAACAAUCCGCAAGAACGUCACACCCACGAACGCCAACCCCCAGCUCGCCUCCGAGCUCCUGCAGAUUCUCACGGAUGUGUACCAGCGUUUCCCGCUUGCGAUUGCUCAGUCUAAUGACCUGCAAGCGCUCUCAGUUGAGAUGCUGAAGGAGGUGUUCGCGUACCCGAGGCUGUCAGUGCGGAAGCGCGCAGUUGCGCCCCUCGCUGCGUUCAUCUCGGUGUGUCCCACCCAGUUCAACGCGUUUCAGGACGACAUGAGCAAGGGCUUUACGAAGGGAGGCGACUCGGCCAAGGCGUGGGUUGCAGCUGUGGCUGGCUUGGCCAAGACACCCUCAUCGCCAGAAGUUGGUGGGCUCGUGGCCAACGGUCUCGCGGAAAUCAUCAUGAAGCAGACACAGGACUUGGAGGACACUGACGCAGUUGAGGGCGCUCUCACGGCUUUGGAAGUGCUUCUCUCACGUUGCCCCAAGGAGAUGUCGACUGCUGUCUCUCCCAUCCUGGUUCGGUCUCUUGAGCUCGUCAAGUACGAUCCCAACUAUGUCGAUUUUGACGACAACGACGAUGUGGACAUGGACGACGACGCGUUUGACGAUGACGACGACGAGUUCGACCAGGGAGAGUACACCGACGACGAGGACGACUCUUGGAAGAUCCGCCGUGGUGCAGCGAAAGUUCUUGAAGCGCUCAUCAACACGCGCUCGGACCUCCUUGCAGAAUUCUACCGAAUCGCUGCUCUUCCUCUUAUCGCCCGGUUCAGCGAGCGUGAGGAGAGUGUGCGUUUAGAGGUACUCGAGGCGUUCGAGGCUUUGCUCCGCCAGACGGUCAACACCCGUCCCAACGACCGGAAUGGUGGAAGCCCUAACAAGCGUAAGCGGACCGGCACCGAGGGGAUGGACCAGGACGACGAGAACUCGCCUCUCGCCGCUCUCCAGGAGAUCCGGCCCCAGCUUGUCCAGGCUACCCUCAAGCAGGCAAACGCUAAGACGGUCAAUGCCCGUCAACAGAGCUUCAUCCUCCUUCGCGGACUUGUCGAGGCACUGGAAGGUGGACUGGACAAUGAGGCGGACUCCAUUUGUAGCAGUUCCGCUGCGGCUCUUCGUUCCUCUGACAGCACCACUUCCUCCUUCACCAUCGCCGUCCUGACCUUCCUGACUUCAUUCUUCAACCACCACGUCGGGAGAAGCUAUGCCUCUCAUCUCGACCAGCUCACCAAACUGGUUGUCCGGUGCAUGCGCGACAAGCAACAGCGCGUCAACUUCGAGGCCUUCGCGACUGCCUCCGCACUGACUGGCAGCAUCCGUCCGCUUCAUCGCGGCUCGGCGUCCCCGCUUCGCCCUGGGUUCGAAGGGCCGGUUAAGGAGAUUUUCCAGGCGACUACAAGCGUGCUCGGGGACAACUCGGUUGAUGGUGACGUCCGUGAGAAGGCGUUGAUAACACUCGGCGACCUUCUACUCCACGAGGGCGACGCGUUGUCCGACCGCCUCGGCGAGGCGCUCCCUCUCAUUUCCGCGCGUCUCGAUAGCGAGAACACUGCUGCGACCGCUGUCGAAGUCGCCGGCCAGGUCGCCGCCUCCCCGCUGUGCUCUGGCCCUGCAUUCAACCGGUGGCUCCUCGACAUCCUCACCAGAGUCAUCAUCUACAUCCGCCGCAACAAGAGCUCGGUCUCCAAGGCCAACGAGUUUACCACGAUCCAGAGCAUCCUCUCACGUCUGGGCCAGAGCCUCCCGGAGGUUGUUGCUUCGGACGUUGUUGUCGAGCUCACUCCGUUCCUCGACCAGGCGUCUGCGCUUGAGAUCAUUGCCAGCGUCCUCACGAACCAGCCAGCCACCCGUGCGACCGUCGAGAAGCACGUCCUCCCGCAGGUUUUGACCGCCAUCAAGACGGCUAGCAACGCUGCGUCCAUCGACGCCCUUGUCGAGUUCUUUGGCGCCUACAUCGACGGUGACAUCGACUGUUCGCUUCGUCUGGUGCCCCAGCUUGUCUUCAACGUCACCAAAGACAAGUCUCUGGCCGGAACCUCGUUUGGCGGCACCCUUGCAUACUCGACCACAGCCAAAUGCGUCGGUGCGGUCGUCACGCACAGCGAGCGUAAUUUGGCAGGUAUCCUGGCGACGUUUGAGAACACGCUCAAGUCGUCACGGGGUGCAGGCGCAGAGGUCUAUCUCGCGCUGCUGUGCGUCGGCGAGAUUGGCCGGCUCAACGACCUCUGUGCCAACGGUGAGCUACUUCAGCGCGCUCUUCGCUUCUUCCGGAGCGACAACGAGGAGAUCCGGAGUGCCGCUGCUUUCGCUGCGGGCAACAUGGCUGUCGGCGCCCCCGACACCUACGUGCCCGUGCUCGUGCAAGAUAUCGAGAAUGCCACCGACCAGGGAGCACGUCUGCUCCUUCUUUACUCGCUCAAGGAGGUCAUCAUGCACUCCUCGACUGGCCAGUUGGAGAAGUUGGCCGACCUCUUCUGGCAGCCACUCUUCGCCCACGAGACGGCGCCGGAUGACGACGGUAUUAGAAACAUCAAGGCGGCGUGUAUCGGCAAGCUCACGAUUGCGGACUCGGCCCGCCUCGUCCCUCAGCUUCAGAACAUGCUCAGCGGUGACGCGCAGCAGCGUGCGUUGCUUGCUGCAUCGCUGCGCUACACGUUCAUCGACACGUCGGCGGCGUAUACCGAGAUGAUUGCGCCUCUCGUUGGUGACUUCCUGUCAUUAAUGAACGACGACGAGCCCGUUGUUCGUCGUCUGGCGGUGGCUGCUCUCAACGCUGCGGCGCAGAACAAGCCAAGCCUCAUCUCGGAUAAGCUCAACACGCUCCAGCCGUUCCUGUACAGGGAGACGGAAAUCCGGGAGGAACUGCAGCGCUACGUCCAGAUGGGCCCGUGGAAGGUGCUCGAGGACGAUGGUCUGGAGAACCGCAAGACGGCGUACGAGACCAUGUACACGCUCCUUGCUACGAGCUUUGCCAAGAUCGACUUACCGUCGUUUACCGACCGUGUCCUCGCCGCUCUCCGCGACGUCAACGAGAUCAAGGUGCUUGGCCUCAUGUUGCUACUGCGCCUGGCGGAGCUUGCGCCGGCCAUCGUCGAGCCCCAUCUUGACGGCGUGGUUGACGCUCUCAAGGCGAUCAUGAAGGAUCUCGAGGUGAAGGAGGACACGAUCAAGCAGGACCUGCAGCGAAAGGAGGAGAUUCAGCGCUCGACGAUGCGCACAAUCACGCCAAUGUUCCGCAUGACCUCUGCUGCCCAGGCGCCUGCCUUCCACGCCUACGUCGCCUCUCUCCUCAAGACUGACCAGUGGAAGGAGUUCCGCGAGUAUCAGGGUUAA